AUGGUUAAGCCGGUCGUUACAAAGGAUGUUGUAAAGAAGCGCACAAAGCGCUUCACUCGUCACCGCUUCGAGCUCUUUCCUCAGCUGAGCUCUAGCUGGCGCAAGCCGCGUGGCGAAGACUCUCCGGUCCGUCGCCGCUACAAGGGCCAGAAGCCGAUGCCCAACAAGGGUUAUGGUAGCGACCGCGCUACCAAGUACAUUACUCCGUCCGGCUUUCGUAACUUCCCCAUUAACAAUGUGGAGGACCUGUACAUGCUCGUGAUGCAAAAUCGUAAGUACGCUGGUGUCAUUUCUCACACCAUCGGGGCCUGCAAACGCAAGGCAAUUGUUCGCAAGGCUAUGGAGCUAGAUGUGCGUCUGUCCAACGGGAGCGCAAAGCUGUGCAAGAUCGAUAACCACUAG